UCCUUAACUGAAAAUAAUUAAUAUGAAGAUUAAACGCAAUGUGGAAAUAUGGACGUAUAAAGAUAUAAUGUCCGGUUGGGCUCUAUUUUUAAUUAUUUGUUGUAAAAUUCAAUCUACGUACCUGGAUCAAACUGUUUCUUUGGCAAAAAGCACAAAAAAGUUUGCUAACAAUGAUGAGAAAUUGUUGCACAAUAGAAAUCAGUUAAAAUUCGAGAGAAGCACAUUCAAUGUAACCAUUCCAGAAAAUAGUAUUGGAAAAACGUAUGCCAUAUCCAAAUUACACGAGGACCGUAUCGGUCUAAAAAUACGUAAAAACUGUGAUGUACGUUUUCGAAUUAUCUCCGGUGACCGUGAUAAAUUAUUUAAAGCCGAAGAGAGAAUUGUCGGAAACUUUGCAUUUUUAGCCAUUCGCACAAGGACCAGUAACGUUGUAUUAAAUCGAGAGAAGAACGAGGAGUACCUAUUAAAAAUUAAAGCUAUUAUUACAUGCUCGGAAAAUGCUAUUACACUUAACUAUGAAACAGAUUGUCUGAUGCAUGUUCAAGUUUUGGAUCGUAACGAUUUAAGUCCAUUAUUCUUUCCUAUUGAAUAUUCUGUUACUGUUACUGAAGACCUCCCUAUACAUAGCAAUAUUAUUAAAGUAACGGCAGAGGAUGCUGACUUAGGAAUCAACGGAGAAAUCUAUUACAGUUUUUUAAACGAUAAUGAUUACUUUGCUGUUCACCCUACAACUGGUGUCAUAUCUAAUGUAAGGCAGCUAACGACCAUCAGUAUUAAAAAGCUUGAACUUGUAGUUCUUGCUAACGACAGAGGCUCUAUAAUCAACCAUCACAAUCAUCAAUCCAGUAAAGCAAGAGUCUAUAUCCAAAUAAAAGAGUCUAACCUACAUUCGCCCGAAAUUUAUGUAAAUACAGUAUCCAGCGCUUUCACCUACAACGAUUAUUUUACGAAUAAAGUUUAUGGAAUUGUUAAAGUUACUGAUAAGGAUGAAGGACGACACGGGGAAAUUAACGAUUUGAAAAUAAUGUCUGGAGAUCUAGAUGGUAAUUUCCGUAUAGUACCUACCGACAAGCAAGGUGAAUAUUAUCUGCAGUUGAACAAAUUGGUGAGACUCAACAAUUCUACGAAUACGUUUAACGUAACAUUAAGGGCAGAAGAUAGAGGGAUUCCAAAACGUUUUAGUUUUAAAUUAGUGCCGAUUACAAUCUAUGUCGAAAAUAGAAAUGCUCCAAUUUUUACAAAACAAAUUUAUGAAGUAUCCAUACCGGAAACAUCACCCCCCAAUAUGCCGGUGAUACGAUUGAAAGUCUCCGAUCCUGAUUUCGGAAAAAGCGCAUUAGUUUUCCUUGAAAUCGUCGGUGGUAACGAAGGUGGCGAAUUUCGUAUAAAUCCAGACUCGGGCAUGUUGUAUACACAGAAACGGCUUGACGCUGAAAAGAAAUCUUUUUACACUUUAACCGUAUCAGCCAUUGAUUUGGCUAACAUUGGAAAUCGCAAACAGUCCUCAGCUAAAGUUAAAAUUAAUAUCAUUGACAUCAACGAUAACGAUCCGAUAUUUGAAAAUAUUAACUCAACUGUACUUUUGAAUGAAAAUGAAUUAGCGGGAACUUAUGUAACGAAAGUAAUCGCACGUGACGACGACUCCGGUGAAAAUGCAUACAUAUCAUAUAGUAUAGCGAAUCUGAACGAUGUGCCCUUUGAUAUCGAUCAUUUCAGUGGUGUGAUUCGAACUACGACUGUUAUCGAUUAUGAAACAAUGCGGCGCGUAUAUAAAUUAAGAGUACGUGCUUCUGAUUGGGGUCUACCAUUUCGGAGGCAGACGGAAGUGGAAAUUUUGAUUAAAGUUGUUGAUAUCAACGACAAUAGACCACAGUUUGAACGCGUUAAUUGUAAAGGAAGAAUAUUUCGUCAUGCUCCGAUCGGAAUCGAUAUAUUUACUUUAUCUGCCAUUGAUUUCGAUGUUGGGGAUUAUAUAACAUAUCGUUUAAUUGUGGGCAAUGAGGACGGAUGCUUCAAUUUGGAUCCCACGACUGGUGUUAUAUCGAUUGGUUGUGAUUUAAGCGAUGUAGUCGCAUCACAUCGACAUAUCAACGUCUCUGCGACGGACGGAACCCAUUUUUCCGAUGAAAUGACAAUUUACGUAGAACUUUUAAAGGAGAAUAAUUAUGAACCCUUUAAACAUCUUGAUUUUAGUGGUUACAGUAACUUUGAAUGUCAUGAGACAGGAGUUGCCAGGAAGUUGGCUGACAUAUUGGCAAUCUCCGAGAAAAACAAUAUGAAUAAUGAUAAAGAAAUCACUGGUGAUGAAUAUAUAUUAUUACCCAGUCGUUAUGGUCAAAAUUUACAUGACCCGGAAUUUGUCAAUUUCCUUUUGGAGUUGAGUAUAAACGAAAGUCUCUCACUGGGCGACACAAUAACAUGGAUUAAAGCCAAAGACCGAGAUUUAGGUUACAAUGGCAAAUUAAUUUAUGCCAUAUCUGAUGGCGACAUGGACUCUGUAUUUCGCAUUGAUCCAGAUAGUGGCGAACUGCAACUAAUUGGUUAUUUAGAUAGGGAAAGACAGGAUGAAUAUGUUUUAAACAUAACGGUCUGCGACCUAGGACAACCUCAAAAAUGCGACUCAAAAAUAUUGUCUGUUAUUAUACUCGACAGUAAUGAUAAUACUCCGUUAUUUCAAAAAUCGUUAGCACAAUUUCAGCUGGCUGAAGACACGCCAAAUGGUACGUUAGUAUUUUGCUUGAACACCACUGAUGCCGAUAUCGGUCAAAAUGCCGCGGUGAGAUAUGUCAUGAAAACCGAAACUAAACUUUUUGACUUAAACGAGAGCACAGGUUGCAUUUUUGUGCGCGGCACUUUAGACAGAGAAGAAAAACAAGACCAUGAACUGCAGAUAAUUGCUAAGGACAGAGGUACACCAUCUCUCAGUGCAGAAGCGCUUAUAUCAAUAAACAUUGAAGAUGUCAACGAUAAUGCUCCUAUUUUUGGCGUGCAGGAGGUUAUAUUUAAAGUACGGGAAGAUCUUCCAAGAGGAACUGUUGUUGCAAAAAUCGAUGCUAGUGACUUUGAUGCGGGUACCAACGGUGAAAUUCUGUUCUCAUUAAAGGAUGACGCUUCCAACGUUUCAUUGUUCAAAAUAGAUAAGUACAACGGUGUAAUUCGGACACAGGGCUAUUUAGAUUACGAAACACAGCAAGUGCACAAUUUAAUCGUGGCUGCUAUUGAUUGUGGCUUGCCAUCGUUAUCAUCCCAUAUGCCUGUUGUUAUAGAAAUAAUCGACGUUAAUGAAAAUCGUUAUGCUCCUGAAUUCGACGAUUUUGUCUACAUUGGUAAAGUAAAAGAAAAUCAACCUCGUGGGGCAGUCGUCAUGAAUAUAACGGCGAGAGAUUUAGAUGCCUCUGGACCAGAUUCAGAAAUAUCUUACUCUAUUCGGGCAGGCGAUGGAUUGGGUGUGUUUUCCGUUAACGAAAAAGGUUCGAUACGUUCUCUGUCUCAUCUUGAUGCUGAAACUAAAAAUUUUUACUGGUUAACUCUAUGCGCUCAAGAUCAUGCUGUAGUGCCACUUAUCAGUUGCGUUCAGAUUUACAUAGAUGUUGAGAAUGUAAAUGAUAAUGUGCCAAUGACCCUUAAGCCCGUCUAUUACCCAACCAUACCAGAGGGUAGUCCCGCUAGAACAAGAAUAAUGCAAUUAAAUGCAACCGAUGAGGACAAUGAUCCAUUACAGUUGUUGCAUUUUAAAAUAAUAUCAGGAAAUCCAGAAGGAUUCUUUUCCAUAAACACAACAACAGGUGAAUUAAUGACAACCGAACGUAAACUUGAUCGAGAAAAUCAAGCCGAACACAUUCUAGAGAUUUCGAUUUCAGACAAUGGUAAUCCAUCGUUAGCAUCGACAACUCGUAUCGUAGUUAUUGUCGAUGAUAUCAACGACCAUAAUCCACAGUUUGAUCAAAGAUUCUAUAAAAUUCAAGUUCCCUCAACUGUAAUAAUAAAUACUUCCAUCGCCCAAGUUCAGGCCGUUGACAAUGAUGUCGGUGAAAAUGGCAGAGUUUCCUAUUCAAUUAAGUCUGGCAAAGGGAAAAAUAAGUUUCGCAUUGACUCUGAUAAUGGUUUGAUUUUUGUUACGAAAUUUAUUGAGUCUGAUGGAGAUUAUGAGUUGAUUAUCCGGGCUGAAGAUCAUGGUAGCCCAAAAAGAAGUCAGACCGCUAGGCUUAAUGUUGUUGUUUUACCAAUUUUGGAAAUAUCCCCAAAUGCACCGAUUAUCAAGACACAAGAUAGUGUAGUGGAGGUAACAGAAAGCGAUCGCCCUGGCUUUCUUGUGACUCUUAUACAAGCAGUAGAUAAGGACAAUGACUAUUUAUGGUACAAUAUAAGUGAUGGAAAUGAAAGGGACGAGUUUUAUAUUGGACGAGACAAUGGGAAUAUUUUACUAUCAAAGUCAUUAGACUGGGAAGCACAAAACUCCUACAAUCUUACUAUUAGCGUAACGGACGGAUCGCAUGUAGUUCAAACUCACCUUUUUGUACACGUUGUUGAUACAAACGAUAAUCGACCACAAUUUACCAAGGAUAUAUACCUGGUUAAUAUAUCCGAGAGCAUUGAGGAGGAGUCUAUUAUAAUGCAGUUGCAUGCCACCGAUCAAGAUGAAGAUAAGAAAAUAUUUUAUACUUUGCACGGUUCAAGAGAUCCAUCAUCGUUAUUAUAUUUUCGUGUUGACUCGAUUACUGGAAAUGUAAUUGUUACACAGAGAUUGGAUUAUGAGAGGAACAAUUGCCACGUUCUAACAGUUAUUGCUAAAGACCAGGGCACACCAGCUAAAAGGAAUUACGCCAAAAUUAUUGUAUUAGUACACGAUCAUAACGAUCAUGCUCCAGAAUUUUCAAAUAAAAUUGUGCAAAGGAAAAUACCCGAGAGUACAACCGUGGGCGCUAAAAUUGUACAGCUAAAUGCCAUCGAUAAAGACAGUGGUCUAAAUGGCGAAAUUAAGUACACUCUAGUUACGGGGAAUGUUGGUAACAUCUUUGAAAUUGACAGCUCAAUUGGUAUCGUUUACCUUGCGCAAAGUCUGAAUAUAAUGCAAAUACAGGAAUAUAUGUUGCAAAUAAAAGCUACUGAUUGCGGUCAACCACCAUUGUCUUCUCAAAUACCCAUUCAUAUUAUUGUCACCAUGUCGGAAAACGAUCCACCACGUUUUAGUGCCCCAACGGUAUCCGUAGAAAUUUAUGAAAAUCUUCCGUUAGGUACUUUUAUUACCGUUGUCGAGGCUAGAUCAUCAUCAUCCGUCUUCUAUGACAUUGUUAACGGCAAUGAUGAUGGAUUAUUUUAUAUAAAUCAUUCGACAGGCAUGAUAUUAGUAAAUUUACAAAUUGAUUAUGAACGAUUCAAAUUCAUCAAUAUUACGAUAAGUGGAACAAAUAUGGCGUCAAUAACAUCAUAUCAGAAUGUUCUCAUUCACGUGCUCGAUGUUAAUGAUAACGCACCAUUUUUUGUGCAAACAGAAUAUUUUGGACAUAUAUCAGAAGCGGCUGCAGUGGGAACAUACAUUCACAGAAACGACUCCCAAAGCAGCGGUUUAAUCUUUCUUAAUGCAACAGAUAUCGAUGUUGGUAAAAAUUGUUUACUCGACUAUACAAUAAUGGAUGAUGAAGCUAAGCGCUACUUUCAAGUUGAUUCAUCCACUGGAACAAUAAAACUUUUGCGUAAGCUGGAUUAUGAAACAAAGGAAUUCUUCAAAUUUGAUGUCAUGGUUAAUGAUAUGGGAAAUCCGAAAUUAUAUUCCCAUACACUAGCCACGGUUCAUAUAAAAGUAAUUAACGUUAACGAUUGUCCGCCAGUGUUUAGUAAAAGGGACGUAAACGUAACAUUGUAUAUACCAACGUAUGAAGGUGUGCAGGUAACAAAGGUCACCGCUAUCGAUUCGGAUAAAGAUGGAUAUUCCGAAAUUCGUUAUGAUAUCGUCGAUGGCAAUAUUGACAACUGUUUCGAAAUUAACAAUUCUACAGGCGUAAUAACGACAAGAAACGUUGAAAAAUUAAACACAUUUUAUACGUUACACACACGUGCAUCCGAUGGUUUGUAUUCCACAAUAGUUCAAGUUGAUGUUAUUAUUGAAGGGAGUGAAAAUUCUGGAAUUUCAUUUCGAAAAUCAAGAUAUGAAUUGUCAACGGUUGAAAAUUCAACAAAAAUAUCCACUGUUGGUGUGAUAAAUGUCGUAGGCAAUUUGUUAUUUGAAAAUGUGGAAUAUCGAAUUUUGAACCCUACAAAUUUAUUCGAAAUUGGCAAAACAUCGGGAGCCAUAAAGACAACCGGUAUUGUAUUCGAUCGCGAAGUUGUAGAUAAAUAUAAAUUAAUAGUCGAGGCUAUGUCAAUUCUGUAUAAAAAUAAACAGAAAUAUAUACGUCGGUCAAUAACACAUGUCGACGUAUGUAUAUUGGACGUGAACGAUAAUUGCCCCAUGUUUGUGAACUUGCCAUAUUAUGCCACCGUAUCGCAAGAAGAUAUGAAGGGUACAGUCGUAACACAAGUGAAAGCGAUCGAUUUGGACAGUUUCGAGAACGGUGAAGUACGUUACGAAAUGAAGAAAGGCAAUGGCGAAUUGUUCAAAGUCGAACGCAAAACGGGGGAAAUUAUUUUGAAGCAACCAAUUGAAGGACACGAUAGAAGUUACGAACUUAUAAUAGCAGCUUAUGAUGGAGCAAUUAUACCGUGCUCAGCAGAAGUUUCGGUUUCAAUAAAGGUGGUUGACAGAUCUAUGCCUAUCUUUGAUCGGCAAUUUUAUUCGGACAGUGUUAAGGAAGACGUUGAGAUUUUUUCAGCUUUAUCGGUAUCUGUCCAAGCUGAAAGCCCGAUGCAAAGAAAAUUAAUAUACACGAUAGCAUCUGGAAAUGAAAAUGAGUUUUUCGAAAUUGAUUAUAGAACGGCUGUAUUAUCGGUUGUGAACAAGUUGGAUUUUGAAACCCAACCUCGGUAUGAAUUGUUGGUCAGAGCAACUGAUAGCGUUUCUGGUGUUUUUGCGGAAAUUACCGUUUCCAUUAACGUAGAAGAUUCAAAUGACUGUUAUCCUGAAAUAGAGAGUGAUAAUUAUAAUAUUAGCAUAUCAGAAAACACUCUGUAUGGUACACAAAUUCUGAAGAUUAAUGCAACAGAUCGCGAUACAGACGCAAAUGGUGCUCUAUCUUAUCUAAUCGAAUCGGUCAACGGGGAUCUUGACUCGCAUUACUUUCUUAUCGAUGUUCAAGAUGGGUCGUUAUAUCUUAAACACAUGUUGGACUACGAAGAAUGCAAGCAUUAUCAUAUAAUUGUUAUUGUAAAAGAUCAUGGAACGCCGUUAUCGUUAAGUUCGAAAUCAAAUAUAUGGGUUAAAGUGGAAGACUUAAAUGAUAAUAUUCCUAGAUUUGUUGAGCCAUCAUUCUCCAGUAAAUUAUCAACUUUAUCCACUAGAGGCGAAUUUGUGACUCUUGCGAAGGCCUAUGAUGCGGAUGAUUCCGAUAAUUUAAAUUUAAAAUACAAAAUUGUUGACGGCAAUGAGCAUCAAGUUUACGCUAUUGAAGAAAGCAAUGGUCUGAUUACGCUACAAAAUAAUCAAAAGCUGUAUAAUCACAAACAAACUGUAUUGAACGUAUCGGUUACCGAUGGUAUUCAUACGACUUAUGCUAGAGUAAAAAUUGCGCUGUUGCCGGAGAAUAUUCACAGUCCUCAGUUUGAAAAACUAGUAUACGAAGCCGCAGUACAGGAAAAUCAAAAAUCCCAACAACUAAUAAUAACUGUGAAGGCCUAUGACAAUGAUUUCGGAAAAUAUGCUGCAAUUUCAUACGAAAUAAUUGGCGAUGACUUAAAUGCUCUCUUUAAGAUAGAUAAGGCUAGUGGAGCUAUUUUCACAUUGCACGAGCUUGAUCGAGAAACUCAAACGUCUUAUGAUCUAUUAGUAAAAGCUACUGAUGGAGGCGGAAAAUUUUCAUAUACUUCCGUUAAAAUCAAAGUUUACGAUGAAAAUGAUAAUGAGCCGAUCUUUUUAUUAAACGAAUACAAAAUUACUUUAAAAGAUGAUACAAAGCCGGGUUCACUUGUACUCAAAAUUGAAGCCACUGAUCUAGAUGAAGGCAAUAAUAGCUUGCUAAUCUACGCAAUUGAAGACGGAACUUUUAAUGAAUUCUAUAAGGAUUAUUUUGUAAUGAAUACGAGCGGCGAAUUGAAUUUGAUUAAAUCGCUGGAAAACAUUUCAUAUAGUUUUGCGCAGUUUUUUGUCAGAGUCACGGAUAAUGGAAGUCCGCCGCUAAAUAAUAAGGUACCAGUUUCGAUUCAAAUAGUUGCCGCGAAUACAACCGUUCCUUUCUUUGAGAGAUCAUCUUUGAUUAUAAAUGUUGAAGAAUCGACUGCGCCAGGUUCUACUUUAGUUAAGCUGAAACCGAUUGGAAAUUUUUCUGUUAAACUUUAUCUUGCAACUGAGACAAAAAAAUUUUCAAUUACCGAGAACGGUGAGAUACUUUUACUGCAAACAUUGGACCGUGAAUUAAACAGUGUGGAGCAUAUUGUUGCUAUGGCCGAAACGAUCACCCUGCCGCAACUACAUGCUCGUGCCGAUGUUUAUUUUCACAUUCAAGACGAGAAUGAUCAUCAUCCGAAAUUUGGUUGCGCUGUUUAUAAUGUAAAUAUACCGGAAAAUGCUGAUAAAGGUACUUCCCUGAUUAAAGUAACAGCUACCGACAUCGAUGAAGGACCAAAUGGUGAUGUUCGUUACGUUAUCGAAGACGAAACGUUUUCGAAUUUAUUUGAAAUUGAUUUGUACUCUGGAUGGAUAAUAUUGUUAUCAGCAUUAGAUAGAGAGUUGCAGUCAGAGUAUUAUUUAAAUGUUGGGGCAACAGACAACGGUCACCCUAGGCACAUAUCAAAAGUCCCCGUUGCAAUAAUGGUUACCGAUUAUAAUGAUAAUCCGCCAGUAUUUAAACAACAACAAGAAAGUCAGCAGAUCGAUGUAUUUGAAAAUGCUCUACCGGGUACAGUGCUAUAUAAUUUCCGGUUAACUGAUUUAGAUCUUGAGAAAAACAAUUUCGAAUAUUUCAUAUUAUCCGGAGAUAACCAUUCCCAAUUUCAAAUUGGAAAUACUGGAGACCUUUUCGUAUCUAAAUUACUCGAUUACGAAUACAUAUCAAAUUACAAUUUAACAGUGGCUGCAACCGAAGGCAAAUUUGUCGCAUAUACGAACGUUUCAGUUACUGUGAAAGAUGUUAACGAUAAUUUCCCAAUUUGCAUCACACCACGUUAUAACAUUACUAUCAAUGAGAUGACGCCGAUUGGCACUUCUCUACUUAAAGUAAACGCUCUUGAUGCAGAUGGUUAUGCUAAUAAUAAGCUGCGUUACUACUUAUCGGGUAACGACUCAGAUGAUUUCUAUGUAGAUAAGGACAAUGGCAUAAUAAAAGUGGCCAGGGUUAUUGAUAGGGAGCGCCAUCCCAAAUACUUGCUCUAUGCGCAUGUUCAAGACGGUCAAGAGUUAUCACAAGAAUGCACUUCGGAAGUAAUUAUAUCAGUGAACGACGUUAACGAUAAUAAACCCGAAUUUUCUAUGGCACAGUAUAUCGCCAGCGUACCCGAAGACGCACAAAUACAAACCAUAGUUACAAAAAUUCAUGCUACUGAUAAAGAUUUUGGCCAAAAUCGAAAAAUCUCAUACUUCUUUACAGAAGCGAAUGAUUUUUUUAACAUAAGUCAAUCCAGCGGGAUAGUUAAAUUAAUCAAAACUCUAGAUAGAGAAAAUAUUUCCAUGUUUAAUAUCACAAUAAUGGCACAAGAUCAUGGGCAGCCGAAAAUGUUCUCCACUACAAAUCUCAUAAUACAUGUACUGGACAUUAAUGACAAUCCGCCCGAGUUUAAUAUGAAACAAUAUAAAACGUAUGUGUCUGAAAAUGCUACCAUUAAUACCGAGGUUUUGAGAGUGUUCGCUACCUCGAAAGAUAUUGGUGUCAACGCUGAGAUCUCCUACUACAUCAUUGGAGGUAAUGAGCAAAAUAAAUUUUCCAUCGAUAAAAAAACUGGAAUAAUAUCUACGACAAGCGAAAUCGAUUUCGAAAAGACAAAGGCUUUCUUUCUCACAGUACAAGCUAUCGAUGGUGGUUCUCCUCCACUCAGUAAUCAAGCCUUCGUAAAUGUAACGAUAUUAGAUGUGAAUGAUAAUCAACCACAAUUCGCACAAAAUGUGUAUCGUGUGCGGAUCAGCGAGGAUGCUAAAAAGGGAGAAAAGGUUCUACAAAUUAUUGCCACUGACGAGGACUCCCACCAAAAUGGUGUUAUAAAGUACAACAUUGAACGAGGUGAUAGACUGAAACAGUUUUCGAUAGAUGAAUUUACCGGUUACGUUUAUGCACGCGAUAAACUCGAUCGAGAGACGAUUUCUUCCUAUGUUCUAGAAAUACGCGCUUGCGAUACUGGUUCUCCAGAACUUUGUAAUUAUAUCGAAAUUAACGUUGAUAUCUUGGACGUAAACGAUAAUCCGCCAAUAUUUAAAAAUUCGAAUUACAGCGUGAUCUUGCAGGAAAACAAAGCGUUAGGUUUUGAAGUUAUAAGUUUCGAAAUAAACGAUGCCGAUGAGCCUCCAAAUACCAGCCCAUAUACGUACGACUUUAGAAGCGGUAACGAGGGGGGCUUUUUUCGUCUUGAACAGGACGGUAGCCUGAAAACCGCGGCUAAAUUUAAUCACCGUAUAUGUGACCUUUACAUUUUGCAAAUACGUGUCUUUGACAAUGGAACCCCACCACUAUAUUCCGAUACAUGGGUUGCAAUACAAAUAAUUGAAGAGAGUCAGUAUCCGCCUGUUAUAACACCCCUAGAAAUUACAAUUAAUUCCUAUGAGGAUGACUUUGCCGGUGGGUUUUUAGGCAAGGUUUAUGUCACAGAUCAAGACACGUAUGAUACAUUUACAUUUGAGCUUAUGCCAACCGUUGACCAAACGUACUCACCGCUUAAGCUUUUUAACAUAUCACGUAGCAACGGAGAUCUCUUUGCUAUUAAAAACUUGGAUAUAGGGGUAUAUCAAAUCAAUGUGACCGUUUCCGAUGGAAAAUAUUUAUCGCAUACUAUUGUUAAACUAAAUGUGGAAAUGAUCACACCAGAAAUGGUCCAAAAUGCAGUUGUCAUUAAAAUUAGUAAAAUUACACCCAAGGAUUUUAUUUUGAGUUAUCGUAAAGGAUUUAUACGCGCCAUUAGGGAUGUAAUGCGCUGUAGACAAAAAGACGUUGUAAUCCUGUCUUUAGGCCACGUACCGCAAGCUCUAUUGGCGAAUGUUCAGAUAUCUUCAAAUUCCACUAUGUUACGAGAACAACCAUCUACAAACAAUGUCAUAAUGACUAUAAACCCGCGUUCGCCGCAUAACAAUUUGGAAAUUGUUCUAGCAGUAAGAAAACAACAAAUUGUUCCAACAUCAGAAGCAUAUUUUUCUUCUGAGGACAUUCGAAAUUUACUCGCCAAAAAAUUUGAGCAAAUCCAAGAAAGUUCAAAUCUUAUCAUUGAAAAAUUAAUAACCAAUGAAUGCACCACAGCGUUUCACUGUUUGCAUGGCUUGUGCAAAAAUCAAAUUGUACUUAAUAAAAGCAAACUAUCUACAUAUCAUACAGAUGUUGUAAGUUUUGUUACACCCACCUAUAAACUAGUGAGUGUGUGCCUAUGCAGGCAAGGAUACGAUGGCAAAAAUUGUGAUGAACCCAUAAAUGCCUGCUCAUCAGAUCCAUGUCCAUUGCAGAAACAAUGUUUGCCAGCUAAUUCCACCACGGGCUAUCAGUGCAUCUGUCCUACUGGAUAUACUGGCCACUUUUGUGAAAUUAAAUCGCUGCAGUGUGUCAACACGAGCUGCUCUACUAUAUUAACAUCAGUAUCAUUUAGUGGAAAGAGUUACGCUCAUUAUAAGAUCAACAAAUCAAUGGCAAGAAAUGCAGUCGAGAGUCAAUUUUUAUUUUCCUUUCGGAUUCGAACGGUUCAACAAUCAGGCACGCUUUUAUACGCGAGUGGAAAAAUUGAUUACAGCAUUAUUGAAAUUUUAAAUGGAGCUGCUCAGUAUCGUUUUGACUUAGGAUCUGGUGAGGGUAUUAUCAGCGUUUCAAGUGUGAACAUAUCAGAUGGUGAAUGGCAUCAUAUUUCAUUAGAGAGGAUGUUUAAUAGCGCAAAACUAUUAGUCGAUAAUAAGCACGCUUCGCAGGGCAGUGCACCAGGUGUGAAUGUUAUAUUAAAUCUUCAAACGAAUGACAUUUUUGUGGGGGCCGAAGUUAAACCUCAUCAAACCAUAAUUGGAUAUGAAGACAUUCAGAGAGGGUUUGUGGGUUGCAUGACGGACAUAAACAUUGCAAAUGAAGCUUUGCCUUUGUACAUAUCAGGUGGCAGUACAAUUGCCGCCCUUAAACGUUUUACAAAUGUGGAAUUUUCAUGUGAUCCAUCGAGUGUGCUUGUUAGUUUAGGAGUUUGUGGAACACAACCUUGUCUCAAUUCCGGAUUAUGCAAAGAUUUGGGGAAUACUAACUUCAAAUGCAUUUGUCCCGAGCGAUUUACAGGAAAACUAUGCGAAAUUGACUUGGACCCAUGCGCAUCUUCCCCGUGUCUUUAUGCUGGUCGCUGCGAAUACCUUAAUCCAAGUAAUUAUUCCUGUUCAUGCCCGUUACAUCUUUCGGGCAAGCGUUGUGAAUAUGGACAAUUUUGUACUCCAAAUCCUUGCAAAAAUGGUGGUAUAUGUGAAGAAGGGGAUGGUAUUCCACAUUGUAUGUGUCGCGGUUAUACAGGACCUACUUGUGAAAUUGACGUAGAUGAAUGUGAGAAUCAGCCCUGUGGAAGUGGCGCCACAUGCAUAAAUGAGGCGGGCAGCUUUCGAUGCAUAUGUCCGUCCUAUCUAACGGGGGCUAGUUGCGGUGAUCCUUUGUAUUCAAAUUCCAUUUCAACCAAAUUAAGAAACUUUUCUAUCGAACAUAUCACCGGCAUUAUAUCGGGUGUAACCUUUGUGUUUGUCUUCUGCAUACUUAUUUUGUGCUGUAUUCUUUUCAAGAAGAACUUAACGAAGAGAGAUAAUUCAACACGCAUUAAAAAUAGUUACAGGGAAGCCACUCUAAACUCGCUUUUAGAAAAAGAGAAAAACAAUAAACAGAAUGCCAAGUUAAGUAAUUUGGAGGUGAACCACCGACCCAUAAGUUAUACUCCCUCAUCUACCGAUAACAUGUUCUCAACUAAUUCAAAUUUUGUCAACAAUCUUGACAUCCUAAGAAGUUAUGGUUCGGCGGGAGAUGAACUUGAAAAUAUACCAAUUGAAUAUCAGAAAAUCAGCCUAAAUAAUCAAAAUGUAAAUUUAAAUAAUGAAAAUAUGGCGGAAGGUGAUCCAUCUUCAUACAAGCGUGACUGGUGCGAUCAAAUGCAAUUGAAGACGUUUUGUGAAAAUAAACUCAAUAAUGAAAAAUCUAUGGACUUUAAUAUGCCUCUGAAUAGGCUAACAACAUUGAAACCCAGUUGCGGAAAAUUGAUACAGGUUGCUAUGCCAAACGUGUGUCAAACAAAUUAUGGUGGAGAAUAUUCCUCGCUGGGCCAAUAUCAUUGGGACUGUUCAGAUUGGGUGCGGAACAGUCAAAAUCCACUGCCAGAUAUAACGGAAGUUCCUGGUGCGGAAAUCGCAGAUUCAUCUAGCUUCCAAAGUAAUGAUAGCAAUGAGUCAAAACCUAGGUCAUACGUUGUUCCAAAUACUGCCAUACGAAUUAAUCCCGCAAGAGAUAUUGCAACGCUGGAAGAAGAACUAGCAACAGAUUGCGUUGAUUCCGAAUUACGAGACUGCAUUCAGCCAUUUCAACUGCCGCUUCUAAACAGCAAUUCAAUGUCAAGACUGAGUCCCAUCUACUAUAGUGAGAAUGAAGACUAUAAAUCAAAUUCAGUGCCUUUAAAAAAUGUAACAAAAUGUAAAAUGUAUUUACGACAUCCUGAUUCAUACUUACCACCAUUGCACCAUCUAAGUGAAACUGAGGGUGAAAGUUCUGCAAAUGAUAUUUAUGAAGGGAAGAACUCAACACUGGACCCUGCUAAGAGAAAAAUCAGUGAAAACUCUGAAAGUGAAUAUUUAUGUAACAAUCAUAAAAGCCAUUACAACAGCAAUCUUUCAGUACAUCUGUGUGAAAUCGAAGAUUCAGAACUUGAAGAAUUUUUACCUAAAGACGAGAAAAAGUAGCAGUUUAUUGAAUUCCAAAAAUCAAUCGGUUUUCCAUUUAUUUUCAUUUAAUUAGAUUGUAUGAAAGUAUUUGUAAAUAAAAAAAGGAAAAAACUUAUUUCAGUAUACGUGAUGUAUAUAAAUGAUUCAAUAAGUAUAAAUAUAACGAUAAACUAUAACGACAAAUAGUGUACGAAAAAAAUACUUGACAA